CUCUCACUCUCACUCUCUCUCCGUCUCGUGAACACUGUCAUGGAACAUCACUCUCAUCCACACUCAACACAACAAAAUUCCUAACAGUUUCUCAAACACACACCUAGAUUUUCUUAUCUCAUCAUUUCUCUUUUUCUCAUAUGUUUCUGUACCUAAAUCAAUCACCAAAUCACCAAAACAGAACCGUUAACCAUGUCUUUUCUUCAGUUCUUCUUACAUUUUCUUGUCUCCUCUACUUUUUUCUCUUCAUGCAUGGCCAACAAUGAAGUUCCCAUCCAGCUCAACGACGACGUACUCGGCCUCAUAGUCUUCAAGUCACAUCUUAACGACCCAUCUUCUUCCCUGAGCUCAUGGAGUGAGGAUGAUGACUCCCCAUGUUCUUGGAAGUUUCUAAAAUGUAACCCUAAUGGCAGAGUCUCUCAUGUUUUACUUGAUGGGGUAGGAUUAUCAGGAAAAUUAGGUAAAGGGCUUCAAAAACUGCAGCAUUUGAAGGUAUUAUCUCUGUCGAACAAUAAUUUUAGUGGCGAAAUUAGUCAUGAUAUUUCUUUAAUUCCUAAUCUUGAAAAACUUAAUCUUAGUCAUAACAGUUUGACAGGGAUAAUUCCGUUUUCGUUUGUUAAUUUGAGUUCUUCCAUGAAAUUUCUUGAUCUUUCUGAUAAUUUGCUGUCUGGUCCAAUUCCUGAUAAUUUGUUUCAGAAUUUGUUCUCUCUUCGUUUUGUUUCUCUCUCAAGAAACUCAUUUCAAGGUCCAUUACCAAGUUCAUUAGCAAAUUGCUCUUCUUUGAACAGUAUUAAUCUCUCUGAUAAUCAUUUUUCAGAAUUAUUUAGUGGGAUUUGGUCAUUGAGUCACCUUAGAACUUUAGAUCUUUCAAAUAAUGAGUUUUCAGAAUCUGUUCCUGUUGGGUUAUCCAAUCUUUAUAAUUUGAAAGAGUUGCACCUCCAUGGUAAUAGAUUUUCAGGGUCAUUGCCUGUUGAUAUUGGAUUAUGUGUACAUUUGAUUAGAUUGGAUUUAAGUAAUAAUCUUUUCACUGGUGUAAUUCCUGAUUCUGUUCAGUUUUUAAGAUCCUUGACAUAUUUUAAUUUGUCAAAUAAUAUGUUUGGUGGUGAUUUUCCUCAAUGGAUUGGUAAAGUUAGCAAUCUGGAGUAUUUGGAUUUCUCUAGCAAUGUUCUUACAGGAAGUUUACCAUUGUCUAUAAGUAAUUUGAAGUCUGUAAGUUUUAUCAAUUUGUGUAAUAACAAACUGACCGGUGAAAUUCCGGCGACGGUGGUUGAAUGUAGCGAGUUGUCUGUGAUUCGUUUGAAAGGUAACAACUUUAAUGGUAGUAUACCAGAGGGUUUGUUUGAUCUUGGAUUAGAAGAAGUAGACUUUUCAGACAAUAAUUUGUUCGGGUCGAUCCCACCAGGUUCGAGUCAGUUCUAUAGUUCUAUUCAGACACUUGAUCUUUCAAGAAAUAGUCUUACAGGAAAUAUUACAGCAGAAAUGGGGCUUUCUUCAAAUUUGAGAUACUUGAACUUGUCAUGGAAUAAUCUUCAAUCAAGAAUUCCCCAAGAGGUUGGAUAUUUCCAAAACUUAGCAGUUUUGGAUCUGCGAAAUAGUUUCGUAUUUGGUUCGAUCCCUGGGGACAUAUGCGAGUCUGGUAGCUUGAGCAUUCUGCAAUUGGAUGGAAAUUCUUUAGUUGGACCAAUUCCUGAAGAGAUUGGAAACUGCUCCACUCUUUACUUGCUGAGCCUGUCGCAUAAUAGUUUAAGCGGUCCGAUUCCUAAGUCCAUUUCGAAGCUAAACAAGCUCGAGAUUCUUCAGUUGGAAUCGAAUAAACUCAGCGGAGAGAUACCAUUAGAGCUUGGGAAAUUACAGAAUCUGCUCGCGGUGAACAUAUCAUACAACAUGCUCACAGGAAGGCUUCCCUCUGAAGGUAUUUUUCCAAGCUUGGAUCAGAGUGCUCUGCAGGGAAAUUUAGGGAUUUGCUCGCCGUUGCUCAAAGGACCAUGUAAAAUGAAUGUUCCAAAGCCAUUAGUCCUUGAUCCUUUCACCUACGGAAACCAAAUCCAUCAUCAGCCUGAAAAUGAAUCGUCCGAGUCGGUAAAACCUCAUCGCCGCAUGCUCCUCAGUGUUUCUGCUAUUAUUGCAAUUUCAGCAUCUGUGUUCAUUGUGAUUGGCGUGGUUGUUAUAAGUAUUCUGAAUAUAUCGGUAAGAAAGAGGCUUGCAUUUGUCGAUCAUGCCUUGGAAAGCUUGUUCUCGAGCUCUUCAAGGUCCGGAAACCUGGCAUCGACAGGGAAAUUUGUCCUGUUUGGUACGAAAUCAUCCUCUGAUGAUAUUACCAAUCCUGAAUCACUCCUUAACAAGGCCUCUGAGAUAGGAGAAGGAGUAUUCGGAACUGUUUACAAGGUUCCAUUGAGUGGUUCACAAGGAAGCAGAAUUGUAGCAAUCAAAAAGCUUGUAACAUCAAACAUUAUCCAAAAUCCUGAAGACUUUGAUCGAGAAGUUCGAAUACUCGGAAAAGCAAAGCACCCAAAUCUCGUAUCACUUACAGGAUAUUACUGGACUCCUCAGGCUCAGCUAUUAGUAUCAGAAUUUUUACCUAAUGGAAGCCUACAAGCUAAACUCCACGGCAGGUUACCUUCCACACCACCGCUUUCUUGGUCUGAGAGAUUUAAAAUUGUGCUCGGAACAGCAAAGGGCAUCGCUCAUUUGCAUCAUUCUUUCCGGCCACCGAUCAUUCACUACAACAUAAAACCAAACAACAUCCUUCUCGACGAGAAUAACAAUCCAAAGAUUUCAGAUUUCGGACUCGCCAGACUCCUGACACAGCUCGACAAGCAUGCGAUAAGUAGUAGAUUCCAAAGCGCUUAUGUAGCGCCCGAACUAGCUUGCCGGAGCUUGAGGGUGAAUGAGAAAUGUGAUGUAUAUGGUUUCGGAAUUCUGAUUCUUGAACUUGUGACAGGUAGAAGGCCAAUCGAAUAUGGUGAAGACAAUGUGGUAAUAUUAAAUGAUCAUGUCAGGUUUUUACUUGAACAAGGAAAUGCUUUGGAUUGUGUUGAUCAUAGCAUGGGAGAUUAUCCUGAGGAUGAGGUCUUGCCAGUCCUGAAAUUGGCUCUGGUGUGUACCUCUCAGAUUCCAUCUAGCAGGCCUUCCAUGGCAGAAGUGGUGCAAAUAUUACAGGUUAUUAAGACCCCAGUUCCACAGAGAAUGGAGAUUUUCUAGUUACAGAAUUGAAUUCAUUUUUCUUGUUUCAUUUUUUUCAUUUGGUUUGUCAGAAUUGGAUUGGAUGUCUUCUGUAUGCUCAUUUCUGUGAAAUUUAAACUUAGAGUCAAUCAUUUAGUCUUCAA